AAGGCGUGUUAACGGUCGCUGGGUCUCCGGCUGCAGGAUGGCAGCCUCAGGGUCCGGAGCCUACACGCGGAACGAUGCGGUCGAAAAGCUGCCAUCUGUCAUGGCGGGAGUUCCGGCGCGGAGAACUCAAUCCUCCCCACCUCCCGCCCCACCGCUCUGCCUCCGGCGGCGAACGCGACUCGCGACGGCGCCCGAGGACACAGUGCAGAACCGGGUGUCACUUGAGAAGGUGCUUGGGAUCACAGCCCAGAAUAGCAGUGGUCUAACCUGUGACCCCGGCACAGGCCACGUGGCCUACCUGGCAGGCUGUGUGGUUGUGAUUUUGAACCCCAUGGAGAACAAGCAGCAGCACAUCUUUAAUACUGCCAGAAAGUCUCUGAGUGCCUUGGCUUUUUCACCUGAUGGGAAGUACAUAGUGACCGGAGAGAAUGGGCACAGGCCUGCCGUGCGCAUCUGGGAUGUGGAGGAGAAAAGUCAGGUGGCGGAGAUGCUGGGCCACAAGUAUGGUGUGGCCUGCGUGGCCUUCUCACCCAGCAUGAAGCACAUCGUGUCCAUGGGCUAUCAGCACGACAUGGUCCUCAACGUCUGGGACUGGAAGAAAGAUAUCGUGGUGGCCUCCAACAAAGUGUCAUGCAGGGUCAUCGCCCUCUCUUUCUCUGAGGACAGCAGCUAUUUUGUCACCGUGGGGAACCGGCAUGUGAGAUUCUGGUUUUUGGAAGCCUCUACUGAAGCAAAGGUGACAGGCACCGUGCCGCUGGUGGGGCGUUCGGGCAUCCUGGGAGAGCUACACAACAACAUCUUCUGUGGUGUAGCCUGUGGCCGAGGCCGGAUGGCAGGCAAUACCUUUUGCGUGUCCUACUCGGGCCUCCUCUGCCAGUUCAGUGAGAAGAGAGUACUGGAGAAGUGGAUCAACCUGAAGGUCUCCUUGUCCUCCUGCCUCUGUGUCAGUGAGGAGCUCAUCUUCUGUGGCUGCACAGAUGGGAUCGUCCGAAUCUUCCAAGCCCACAGCCUACACUACCUCGCCAACCUGCCUAAGCCACACUACCUUGGUGUGGAUGUGGCACAGGGCCUGGAACCCAGCUUCCUCUUCCACAGGAAGGCAGAAGCAGUCUACCCAGAUACAGUGGCACUGACCUUUGACCCCGUCCACCAGUGGCUAUCCUGUGUGUAUAAGGACCACAGCAUCUACAUCUGGGAUGUUAAGGACAUCAACAAAGUGAGCAAGAUGUGGUCAGAGCUCUUCCACAGCUCCUAUGUCUGGAACGUGGAGGUAUAUCCUGAAUUUGAAGAUCAGCGAGCUUGUCUGCCAUCCGGGUCAUUUCUGACUUGUUCCUCCGACAACACCAUCCGCUUUUGGAACAUGAGCAGCAGCAGCUCCAGCUCUCAAUGGCAGAGGAAUAUCUUCAGCAGUACUCUGCUGAAGGUAGUGUAUGUGGAGAACGAUAUCCAGCACUUGCAGGACACCUCGCACUUCCCAGACCGGGGCAGCGAGAACGGGACGCCUGUGGACGUGAAGGCCGGUGUGCGUGUCAUGCAGGUCAGCCCUGAUGGCCAGCACUUGGCUUCUGGCGACCGGAGUGGAAAUCUGAGGAUCCACGAGCUGCAUUUCAUGGAUGAGCUGGUCAAGGUGGAGGCCCAUGACGCCGAGGUGCUGUGCCUGGAGUACUCCAAGCCCGAGACAGGACUAACCUUGCUGGCCUCUGCUAGUCGGGACCGACUGAUCCACGUGCUGAAUGUGGAGAAGAACUACAACCUGGAGCAGACCCUAGACGACCACUCCUCCUCCAUCACAGCCAUUAAGUUUGCUGGCACGAGAGACAUCCAGAUGAUCAGCUGUGGGGCCGACAAAAGCAUCUACUUCCGCAGCGCCCAGCGGGCCUCAGAUGGACUGCACUUCAUCCGUACCCACCAUGUAGCAGAGAAAACCACCUUGUACGACAUGGAUAUUGACAUCACACAGAAGUAUGUGGCUGUGGCCUGCCAGGACCGCAAUGUGAGGGUCUACAACACGGUGAAUGGCAAGCAGAAGAAGUGCUACAAGGGCUCCCAGGGUGAUGAAGGAUCCCUGCUGAAGGUCCAGGUGGACCCAUCCGGAACCUUCCUGGCCACGAGCUGCUCUGACAAGAGCAUCUCCGUCAUUGAUUUUUACUCGGGCGAGUGUGUUGCCAAGAUGUUUGGCCAUUCAGAAAUCAUCACAGGCAUGAAGUUCACCUAUGACUGUCGUCACUUGAUCACCGUAUCUGGAGACAGCUGCGUGUUCAUCUGGCACCUGGGCCCAGAGAUUACCACCUGCAUGAAGCAGCACCUGCUGGAGAUCAACCACCAGGAGCAGAGACGGCGGAAGCAGCAGCCCAAGGACAGGAAGUGGGAUGACCACCCAAGGCAGGAGACCUAUGCAUCCAUGCCUGGUGAGAUCCGAUCCCUCAGCCCUGGAGAGCAGACUGAGGAUGAGACGGAGGAGGAGUGUGAGCCUGAAGAGCUGGUGAAGACCCCAUCCAAGGACAGUUUGGACUCGGGUCUGGAAGGAGGCCCAGAUCCUCAGUGCCUGCUGACCAACGGCAAGCUGCCGCUCUGGGCCAAGCGGUUGCUAGGGGACGAUGAUGUGACAGAUGGCUCUGCCUUCCACGCCAAGCGCAGCAGCUACCAGCCACAUGGCCGCUGGGCAGAGCGGGCUGACCAGGAACCCUUGAAGACCAUCCUGGACGCUCGGGCCCUAGAUUGUUACUUUACACCCAUGAAACCUGAGAAUCUGGAAAACUCUGUUGCGGACACAGUGGAACCGCAGAACUUGGAGGACCUGCUGGGUGAGGCAGAGAGUCCCCAGGAGGAUGGCCAUGGGCACCCCUCCUUUCUGUCCCUGCAGAGAGAGCCAUCUGAGGCCAGCAAGCUCCUUGCCUACUCCCUGGACACGGAAGUGACAGUCAUGGGGACUGCCAGCCAGUACUAUGAGAAGGAAGCCGAGGCGGGGCCUGGAGAGCCGCAGGCAGAGGCCUACCUCAAGGCGUCCUCCAGCAGCAUGAAGGACCAGAGCCCACUUGAGGAAUACCUGGGUACAGCAGAAGAGCAGCCCCGGCCUGAGGGGCCAGGCACAGCCAGCAGCUCGGUGCCCCAGACCCCUGAGCAGGAAAAGUUCCUCCGGCACCACUUCGAGACCCUCACUGACACUCCUUCAGAAGAGCUCUUUCAAGGGUCCCUGGAGGAUAUGAAAGCCUCAGAGGCUGAGGACUUCUUCUUCAACCCCCGGCUGAGCAUCUCCACGCAGUUCCUGUCACGCCUCCAGAAGGCUUCCAGGUUUACCCAUACCUUCUCACCCCUGGGGCCUCUGCACCUGGUUAGAUCUCUGGAGAUCAAGCUUCGCCAUCGGGGAAGCCAGCCCCGAGCAGAGCCCCCGAGAGCAGGUACUGGCUUCACCUCCCCAGAUGGGACCAAUGUCCUCUUGGGGGGCAAGGCUGAGGACCCCCUGUGCCCACUGACUCCCCAUCUUACAGGCCUGGCACCCUGUGUCCCUUCCUCCUCGAUGCUGCCCACAGACAGGAAGCCUUCAACCCCCACAUCUGAACCAGGCCUGGCUCCAGGUGUCUGCACCCCCUCUACCUGCUCCUCCAUGGAACCUACCGCCAGCUCCCGAGCCAGGAUGUCCUGUGGCAUCUCCCGCGAGAGCAGUGGGGAUCCCAUCACUGCUGAGCUGGCCAGCCCACUCCACAGACCCUCGUCUGCGGAAGAAUUGGACGCUCUGCGCCAGGAGCUCCCGGACCCCACAGAAGACCCCAGCUCUGGCAAUGAGGACCGAGAGCCUUCCCCACCCUCCUGGGGCAACCACGAGGCCCGAGCCAGCCUGAGACUGACCCUGUCAAGUGUCUGUGACGGGCUGAAGCCUCCCACCACAUGCAUCUGGUCCCAGGAGUCCGUGGACACGAGGCCCGGGGGAGCAGCCACAGCAGCCAGCUCCCUUGCCCCCAGUCCCACGGACAGGAGCACCCCAAGGCUCCACAGCUCUGCCUUUCUUCCAAAGCCCCCAAGCCCCCCCUCCCUCUCCCCUUCCCCUCACUCCAGCAGCCCCCCACUUCCAGAAGUUAGGCCUGAAGUCCCUGGUAGCACUGCCUCCUUUCCAGAGCCCAGUCCUGAUUCACCCAGUCCCGUCCCAGGGAGCUCUGGACACUGGGGGGAGCUUGGGCUGCCGGCUGCCGUCCUGCCCCCCACGCCCCUCUCCCUGCACCAUGUGACGAGCGUCUUGCACAGGCUGCAGGCUGCCUUCCAAGAAGCCCUUGACCUUUACCACAUAUUAGGCUCCAGCCGCCGGCUGGGUACUGAGCAGCGCCAAGCACAGAACCUGCUGGCCUCUACCUUCCUGUGGGUCCAGAGCCAGCUGGAAGCCAGCGACUGGCUGAUUGGAGCUGACUUGGCUUCCGCCCAGUCUGUGCCAAGCCCAGAUCUUCCGUCCCCACCCACAUUGUGCCCCUUGGCCAGCCCGGACUUGCAGGCCCUUCUGGAGCACUACUCAGAACUGCUGGUUCAGGCUGUGCGGAGGAAGGCGCGGUGAGACCAAGGGCUUUGCCGAUGCCGCCACCUCGCUGCUCUGGAAAAGCGGGUUAUUUGGAGCAAAUAAA